CAUUAUAGAAGUGUACUUUUUUUCACCUGGGUUGGAUUACCCGUUGUUCGACGCGCUCCACUUCCUUGAUAUCUUUUAUUUCCUCUGUCAGAAAUUCUACUGUUAUCUUUACAUCCUCGAUGCCUUUGUCAAGAAUGUCAGCUCUUUCGGACUUGAGAGAUGUUAUUAUAACAGUGGCUAGACAAGACUGCAGGUUUUCAUCAACUUAAUCAUCAUCAUCACCACCACCACCAUCAUCAUUUUCCUCCCCCCUACAUUGAUACGACACUCAUUAACACAAUAGUGCAUUAUACAUCACUCAGGGCGGUUCCUGUGAACACUUGUCAAUGUUUACAAAAAAAAAGAAAUUGUCAAUGUUUACAAAUGAUUAGGAAAUGACAGCAAUCUGUGAAGCUGUUGAAGUUUAGCGUUUGUUUGUGAUUUAAUAUCUCUGAGUAAGUCUACAAUCAGGGAUAGUCCAUGGCUUUUUAUCUGUUCCGUAUAAUAAAUUGUUCAAACAGGGUGUCGUUCAGAAGUGAUAAACUUAUGAAUGGCAGGUCGGACCACAUAACAUUCAUUCAUCGAAUCAUAUUCCAAACAUCGCACUUAGACAAGAGAAUAAACAUAAUCAGGUAGAUGUGGAGAGUACAUACAGUGAACGGAAUGUGACUUCUCACCUUUUAACACAAAGUACGUCUACGUGUUUCGAGGCGGAGUAACGCUUUCGAGGUUUAAUCUACUCAGAGCCAUAUUGCCGACCAAUGACGGCCAGACCUCAGGCGCAAGAGGAGGAGCAUGCAUAAGUAAGCGUUCGGGUGUAAAGAAGUGAGAUGGGAGACAUUUCAGAGUGCAGCUGUUCUUCAGUGGUGUUGUGUUGCAUCGGUUUCGUUACGGCUGUAUAUUACCUGCUGAGGUGGUCAUGGCAGUGUUGGCAUGGAUUCAAAGCGUAUAUGAUCUCUGAGAUCUGGCAAACGGACCUGAGAACAUACGGGCAGUGGGCUGUUGUAACUGGAGCAACAUCAGGGAUUGGUCGAGCGUAUGCUGAAGAGCUUGCCAAACGAGGACUAAACAUUGUUCUGAUCAGUCGCUCGGAGGAAAAGCUUCACAGCGUUGCCAAAGAAAUAGAGUCUCGGUUCAAGCGACAAACACAUGUGAUUCAGACAGACUUUGCAGAAGGCCAUUCCAUCUAUCCAGCUAUCGCACAACAGCUAAUGGGCAUGGAGAUCGGAAUUCUAGUGAACAAUGUAGGUAUGAACUAUAUUGGGGUUCUGGCAAAUUUCCUGGAUGUUCCUGAUCCAGACCAGAGAAUCACACAAGUGAUAAACUGUAACAUACUCUCCGUCACUCAGAUGAGCAGACUUAUUUUGCCAGGAAUGAUUGAAAGGGGGAAAGGCCUCAUUAUAAACAUAUCAUCAGAGGCAGCCUCUGAGCCUCAGCCAAUGGUGUCAGUGUAUUCUGCCACUAAGAUAUUUGUUACAUAUUUCUCUCGCAGUCUGCAUGCAGAAUACAGGUCAAAAGGAAUCACAGUUCAAUGUGUAGCCCCGUUUAUGGUCUCCACUAAUAUGACUCAUAACGUGCCAGUGAAUCCACUGGUCAAAAGUGCUGCUUCAUUUGCUAGAGAUGCUCUGAACACUGUGGGUUACACAACAUACACAAGCGGAUGUUUAACUCAUGCACUACAGCACAUUGCUCUGUCCAUUUUUUUCCCGGGCUGGCUGCGUCUCACGUCCUUUUGUGUAAAACGUAUGGCAAAAUUCGCCCGUGACAUUGAACCGAAAUUAAGGAAGAGGAUGGAGCAGACAAACAACAGACAGGACUGACACCAACCCAUGGACCACAGAGAUGAACAUAAUACACAAACAUCUAUUCAAGAGUGUAUUCGUGUAGGAAUCAGCAGUCUUAACCCCUGGAGCCUUUUCACAGAGUUCAAUGACAUUGGUCACUUGUGCUUACUAAGGCUGUGUUUAUUUGAUCAAAAAUACUGUGAAAUAUUAUUACACUUUAAUUAAUUUAAUUUUAAAUUUAACUUUUCUAUUCGAAUAUAUAUUUUUAAUUGUAAUUUAUUCCAGUGAUGGAAAAGCUGAAUUUUCAGCAGUCAUUACUCCAGUCUUUAGUGUCACAUGAUCCUUCAGAAAUUAUUCUAGUAUAGAGUGUAAAACUCGAUAACUUGUACACCUUUAAAGACAGACCUUCUGUGAGCUACAAGGUUGUUAAUCCAUGGUAUUUUCUUCUGCUGAAGCCACCAGACUGCAUUAUUUCAUCUUAUUUUUUUUUUUAAAUAAUCAGGUUUAACAUUGGAAAUCUUGGUGAAAAUCUACAUUACCCAUGAUGCUGUACAGAAAUACAAAAAUACUGAAAUGUUUGUAAUAUAUGCCUAUUUUGGAAUAAACUGAAAACAUUUUUAUACAUAUAGUCAACAUAAAAAAAAAACAUUUUUAAUAUGAUUAUGCUGUUCGCAGUGCUUCAUGGGAUUGUAGUUCUUUCCCUCACUAAAACCGUUUAGUACAGUUUUGUCUUUUUGUCUGAUUUUCAAAAACUCUUUUGCUUUAAAUCAAAGUUUGUUGUGAUUCACCUCAUAGUCUUUGUUAAACAGUUACAGCUAUUUUAAAAUCACUAUAGGAAAAAUUAAUGAAAAAACACUUUUUGUCUGAUUUUCAAAAGCUCUUUUGCUUUAAAUCAAAGUUUGUUGUGAUUCACCUCAUAGUCUUUGUUAAACAGUUACAGCUAUUUUAAAAUAUGGGAAAAAUGAAUGAAAAAACACUGAUGAAUUAGGGUGCGGGCACUGUUGAACUUUAUUCUGAUUGUUGUGCUCACAUGUGUCACAUGAUCAAAAAGGGGCACAAAUUCUUUUUAUGAGGAAUAUCUGUUCAGUUAAGUAGCUAUAAUUUUUUGUGUGUUCUAAAUUUGGAAAUGUGAAAAAGACCCAUGGGACAGGACUGGAGCACAAUAACUACUUUAUAAAUAACUUGUCUAUACUGUAGGCUAUGACUUUUACAUACAUAAUGUAUUUAUUGCUUUUCCAUAAUGUGACAUGAACACACUUUAGGAUGGAAGAGGAUUAUAAUUUCAGCAUAAAGGAAGAGGCAAUGAAGGAAAAAGAUGGCUGAAAUGUUUUGUUUAAUCAAUUGUUCUUCUGUUUACAAACUCUACAUUCAGUCAUAUGAUUGAGCUAUUGUAUUCCUGUUGAGAUAAAUUGCCAAUCAAAGAUCAUGAUUGUAUACUGUGAUUGUAUGAAUGCAUAUGGAUGUAUAUUUGAAAGUGUAUCAAUGCUAAUGAUGCACCUUAAACAAUUUCUGAUCUCAGAUUUCUAAAUACUCCGGAUUAUAUGGAAACUGGAUUGUGUACAGCAAUUUCUGCAUACUCAAAGCACUGUUAAAAAACUUUUUUUUUUAAAUAUUA